AUGGAGAACACUCUUGCUGAUAUCAAUGCUGAAGAAAAGGACGAACAACGCAAGGUCGAAGUCUUGGACGAUACGAAUCUCGACUUCAUUAGCGCGGAUUCAGAAUUGACGCAAGAUUUGCCUGAUGAUGUAGAGGUCAUCGAUUUGAUUCAUCUGAAAAUCAAAUCACUGGAAGAUUUGAACCUUUACAGGUUCAAAAACCUCAAGCAGUUAUGUUUGAGACAAAAUCUGAUCGAAAGUAUAAGCGAAGUAGAAGUUUUGCCCCAUGACAAGAUUGUUGACCUCGAUUUCUACGAUAACAAGAUCAAACACAUCUCUUCCAACGUUAACAAACUUACCAAAUUAACCUCGUUAGACCUGUCCUUCAACAAGAUCAAGCAUAUCAAAAACCUGGAAAAUUUGACUGAGCUGGAGAAUUUAUUCUUUGUGCAGAACAGCAUUUCAAAGAUCGAAAAUCUGUCCACUUUAAAAUCGCUGAAGAACUUAGAGUUGGGUGGCAAUAAAAUACACACCAUCGAACCCGAUUCUUUCGAAGGUCUAUCAAAUCUAGAGGAGAUUUGGCUGGGUAAGAACUCCAUACCAAGACUGAUUAACCUACAUCCUUUACAAAAUCUGAAGAUCCUAUCCAUCCAGUCUAAUAAGCUGAAAAGAAUCGAAAAUUUAGAAGCGUUGACCAAUUUAGAGGAGCUGUAUCUGUCGCAUAACUUCAUCGCCAAAAUCGAGGGUCUGGAGAAAAACCUGAAACUAACCACUUUGGACAUCACAUCGAACAAAAUCACGUGCCUGGAAAACCUGAACCACCUGCCCAAUCUGACCGAUAUAUGGGCAUCGUUUAACAAGAUCGAUCAGUCUUUUGAGAGCUUGGGCGAGAAUUUGUCCAAUUUAUCACGCUUGGAGACCAUUUAUCUGGAGGGCAACCCGAUCCAAUUGGAAAAUAAGACUUCUUAUAGAAGAAAAUUAACCAUGAACUUACCUCCCUCUCUACAGAAGAUCGACGCGACAUACAUAAAGGGCUGA